GGCAGUGUGUUCCUCUCGCCCUGUCAAUAAUCUCCGCUCCCAGACUACUCCGUUCCUCCGGAUUUCGAUCCCCCUUUUUCUAUCUGUCAAUCAGCGCCGCCUUUGAACUGAAAAGCUCUCAGUCUAACUUCAACUCACUCAAAUCCGAGCGGCACGAGCACCUCCUGUAUCUUCGGCUUCCCCCCCCUUUGCUCUUUAUAUCUGACUUCUUGUUGUUGUUGGUGUUUUUUUUUUUUUACCCCCCUUUUUUAUUUAUUAUUUUUUGCACAUUGAUCGGAUCCUUGGGAACGAGAGAAAAAAAGAAACCCAAACUCACUCGUGCAGAAGAUCUCCCCCCCCUUCCCCUCCCCUCCUCCCUCUUUUCCCCUCCCCAGGAGAAAAAGACCCCCAAGCAGAAAAAAAGUUCACCUUGGACUCGUCUUUUUCUUGCAAUAUUUUUUUGGGGGGACAAAACUUUUUGGGGGUGAUUUUUUUUUUUGGCUUUUCUUCCUCCUUCAUUUUUCUUCCAAAAUUGCUGCUGGUGGGUGAAAAAAAAUGCCGCAGCUGAACGGCGGUGGAGGGGAUGACCUAGGCGCCAACGACGAACUGAUUUCCUUCAAAGACGAGGGCGAACAGGAGGAGAAGAGCUCCGAAAACUCCUCGGCAGAGAGGGAUUUAGCUGAUGUCAAAUCGUCUCUAGUCAAUGAAUCAGAAACGAAUCAAAACAGCUCCUCCGAUUCCGAGGCGGAAAGACGGCCUCCGCCUCGCUCCGAAAGUUUCCGAGAUAAAUCCCGGGAAAGUUUGGAAGAAGCGGCCAAGAGGCAAGAUGGAGGGCUCUUUAAGGGGCCACCGUAUCCCGGCUACCCCUUCAUCAUGAUCCCCGACCUGACGAGCCCCUACCUCCCCAACGGAUCGCUCUCGCCCACCGCCCGAACCCUCCAUUUUCAGUCCGGCAGCACACAUUACUCUGCGUACAAAACGAUUGAACACCAGAUUGCAGUUCAGUAUCUCCAGAUGAAAUGGCCACUGCUUGAUGUCCAGGCAGGGAGCCUGCAGAGUAGACAAGCCCUCAAGGAUGCCCGGUCCCCAUCGCCGGCACACAUUGUCAGCCCCCUCCCUUGCUGCACUCAGGGACAUGACUGUCAGCACUUCUACCCCCCCUCAGACUUCACUGUCAGCACUCAAGUCUUCAGGGACAUGAAAAGGAGCCACUCCUUACAAAAAGUUGGGGAGCCCUGGUGUAUUGAGUCGAACAAAGUGCCAGUGGUGCAGCACCCUCACCAUGUCCACCCCCUCACGCCUCUUAUCACGUACAGCAAUGAACACUUCACGCCGGGAAACCCACCUCCACACUUACCAGCCGACGUAGACCCCAAAACAGGAAUCCCACGGCCUCCGCACCCUCCAGAUAUAUCCCCGUAUUACCCGCUAUCGCCUGGCACCGUAGGACAAAUCCCCCAUCCGCUAGGAUGGUUAGUACCACAGCAAGGUCAACCAGUGUACCCAAUCACAACAGGAGGAUUCAGACACCCCUACCCCACAGCUCUGACUGUCAAUGCUUCCAUGUCCAGCUUUCUGUCUUCUAGGUUCCCUCCCCAUAUGGUCCCACCACAUCAUACGCUACACACGACGGGCAUUCCGCAUCCGGCCAUAGUCACACCAACAGUCAAACAGGAAUCUUCCCAGAGUGACGUCGGCUCACUCCAUAGCUCAAAGCAUCAGGACUCCAAAAAGGAAGAAGAAAAGAAGAAGCCCCACAUAAAGAAACCUCUUAAUGCAUUCAUGUUGUAUAUGAAGGAAAUGAGAGCAAAGGUCGUAGCUGAGUGCACGUUGAAAGAAAGCGCGGCCAUCAACCAGAUCCUUGGGCGGAGGUGGCACGCACUGUCCAGAGAAGAGCAAGCGAAAUACUAUGAGCUGGCCCGGAAGGAGCGACAGCUUCAUAUGCAGCUGUACCCCGGCUGGUCUGCGCGGGAUAACUAUGGAAAGAAGAAGAAGAGGAAAAGGGACAAGCAGCCGGGAGAGACCAAUGAACACAGCGAAUGUUUCCUAAAUCCUUGCCUUUCACUUCCUCCGAUUACAGACCUGAGCGCUCCUAAGAAAUGCCGAGCGCGCUUUGGCCUUGAUCAACAGAAUAACUGGUGCGGCCCUUGCAGAUGCAAAUACUCCAAAGAAGUGUCGGGCACUGUUCGGGCUUGACCGACAGACUUUAUGGUGCAAACCGUGCAGGAGAAAAAAAAAGUGCGUUCGCUACAUACAAGGUGAAGGCAGCUGCCUCAGCCCACCCUCUUCAGAUGGAAGCUUACUAGAUUCGCCUCCCCCCUCCCCCAACCUGCUAGGCUCCCCUCCCCGAGACGCCAAGUCACAGACUGAGCAGACCCAGCCUCUGUCGCUGUCCCUGAAGCCCGACCCCCUGGCCCACCUGUCCAUGAUGCCUCCGCCGCCCGCCCUCCUGCUCACCGAGGCCACCCACAAGGCCUCCACCCUCUGUCCCAACGGGGCCCUGGACCUGCCCCCAACCGCUUUGCAGCCUGCCGCCCCCUCCUCAUCAGUUGCACAGCCGUCAACUUCUUCCUUACAUUCCCACAGCUCCCUGGCCGGGACCCAGCCCCAGCCGCUGUCGCUCGUCACCAAGUCUUUAGAAUAGCUUUAGCGUCGUGAACCCCAGUUGCUUUGUUUAUGGUUUUGUUUCACUUUUCUUUAUUUGGCCCCCUCCCCCCCCCACCUUGAAAGGUUUUGUUUUGUACUCUCUUAAUUUUGUGCCACGUGGCUACAUUAGUUGAUGUUUAUCGAGUUCAUUGGUCAAUAUUUGACCCAUUCUUAUUUCAAUUUCUCCUUUUAAAUAUGUAGAUGAGAGAAGAACCUCAUGAUUCUACCAAAAUUUUUAUCAACAGCUGUUUAAAGUCUUUGUAGCGUUUAAAAAAUAUAUAUAUAUACAUAACUGUUAUGUAGUUCGGAUAGCUUAGUUUUAAAAGACUGAUUAAAAAACAAAAAGAAAAAAAAAGAAGCAAUUUUGAAGCAGCCCUCCAGAAGGAGUUGGUUCUGUAUUAUUUGUAUUAAAUACGAGCUUGCGAACCAAUCAUUUUACAUCUGGUUUUUAAACCGUAAGGGCACCACGAAUGCAGUGCCAUUACUUUUUUGUUUUUUUUUUUUCUGUGUGAAACAACUUUUAUUGUGAUGUUACUUGUUAUUGUUUAAAUGUACAGAAACAAAGGGUAAAAAUGUGUUAAUAUACCUUGUUCCAUGGUGUUGUUCUUUUGGGGGGAGGGGAUGCUACUCAACACUUAAUAGAAUCACAAUGCUGUUGGGCCAGUAGUAUUUAUUGCUUUAGAGAUUGCUUGUCGUACCUGUAUGUCGUCCCUUUUUAAAUAUGUUUUCCUUUUUCUUGAAACUGUAUAAAGUUUUUUUCCCCCUUAGCAUAAGCAUCUUAUAUAUAACAACUCAUUUGUACAAGGUUUUUAAGUUUAUAUAUAAAAUGUGUAUAUAUAUUUUUGUUUCCCUUUUUGACUUUUUUUUUUUUUUUUCUGUAUGAAACCCAGUUGUCACCAAAUGGACAUUAAUAGUUGCAUUAAGGAUCAGUAGCAUUAACAAAAGUUGCUUUAAAAGCCAUUAUGUAAAACAAGACUUGAAAAUGAGUGAGGGAAUUUUAGCGACACUGUCUGAGCAGCAGUGGGAACCAUCUUUUUCCCCUUUGAACUCCCAGUGGGAUGCCCUACCCUGCGCCCUUAGGGCCUGGACUGACCGUGUGCAGAACUUUACGUGCCAAAAUUCUCAGUGAAUUUAGCUUUCUCCCUCUUUUUGAUGCUGUAAUUUUUGUUCAUCAUGUUUUGCUGUGAUGUUACAUAGGUAGAUUUGUAUGUAGUUUUAAUGUCACCUAUAACAAAAUGUGUUUGGUAGCAGAUUGUCCAGAAAGCAUUUUAAAUGAAGAGGUAUAAACCCUUAAGGGCCAAAAUUCUGUAUAUUAGAUUACUCUUACACGAAAAACCAGCUGCCGCUUUUAUGUACACAUAUUACAUACGAGUAGGCAGCAGACUUUAAAACUAAAAAAAACCUAGGCAUGUUGAUGUUGCAGACUGCUGUAUAAAGCUGAAACCUGUUCAUUCAGUGCCAUUGUAGUUGACAUGAAGCGAUUGUAAACCUGUCUCCGAUUUUUCUCUGGUUUAUUAAAAUGCUAACUAUAACAUUUUUUGUGAAUACUUUGAAUGUUUCCUAACAGUUGUGAUGUUACUGUUCCGUUUUAUGCUCUUAUUCCAAGUUCAUUUUUAAUGGUUUGGAAGCCAUUUUUGUAAUGAAUAAAUGUUCAUGCUGUACAGUAUCUGUAGCAUGCCGUUCUGGAUUAAUAAAAGCAACUUAGUCUGUGCAGAUAAA